CUACCACGCCCGGCCACAGUAGUUGCUUUUUAAACAUUUGAAGAUGGAUCAAAAUUAAGGCUCCUUGUACUCCAAUAAUCAUGAUUAUGGUGUUAAAUGACCCCCGCCCAAAUACCUGAGCCUAAAUGAGUGAAAGAGCACAGAGUGGGCGUUUUUAAACGUAACAACAUUCCUUUAGUUUGGUAACACUGAGUGGAAGUUACAGGCAGUAACUCUUUCACUUGCAACUUGCCCCUGACGGUGUGCUUUUGAGGGAUAGAUGGUGCCUGAUCUCAACUAUGGAGAAACAGGAAAUUUCGGGAUUCAUGCUGAACUCCCAUUCCACAGGAGAGUCUCCCAAAAGAAAAAGUACUCUGUUGCAUAAAGUUAUUCACUCUUUAUGUCUACACCGCGGCAGAAAUUAUUCUUCCUAAAGGUCACGGAAGAGAGCUAUAGUUUUGGGGGCCAGGAGCAGUGUGUGAAAUGGCGAGGCAGCGACAGCAAGACAGCACCAGCAUAAAUCUAUUUCCUUCCAAACCAGCUUUAAUUUUAGGCCUAACGACCAAAGAUGGAGAGGCGACGCUUAGAGCUACUCCUGGCCGUUUGUUUGGAAAUAAAUUCACCUGAAUUCCUUCAGAUUUAGCCAGAAAAGAAGAAAUAUGCCGCCCUCGCCGGCCACAUUACGGCCUCCCUCGCUCUCAGCUUCUCAUUGACUGCAGCCGCUGUGGCCCCGCCCCCUUGCGUGCGUGCGGGGCUUUGUGACGCACGCCCUGGCGCGCCUCCGGGGCUAUAAAAAGGCCCGCAAGGCUCAGGCGUCCUCAGGAGCCGCCCGCAAGCGGGUAACGAGGAAGCUCUUAAGAACGCAGCCGUCAAGAAGUUGAGUUACAGACAUCCUGCCAAAAUGAUUUCUUCAACGUCCAGAUUUGGCAUACCCUAUGGCCUCAAGACUCUACUCGAAGGAAUUAGCAGAGCCACUAUCAAAAGCAACCCAUCAAACAUCAACCAGUUUGCAGUAGUUUAUUUUAAAGAACUUACUAUGUAUAGAGAAGGGAAUACUUCUCUGGAUAUAAAGGAUCUGGUUAAACAAUUUCAUCAGACUAAAGUACAGAAGUGGUCAGAAGGAUCAACACGACCGAAGAAAGUAGAAUGUUUAAAAGAACCGGAAAAAACAUCUGUAGAAUCUAAAGUACCUACACGGAUGGAAAAAUCUACAGACACAGAGGAGGACAAUGUAACCGGAACAGGAUAUAAUGACAAAACCACCCAGUUUCCAUCAUCAACUUCUGCUGAGCUAGGUGCUGAGCAAACUGAAGCAGCUCAUGAUUCUUCUCCCAAAGCAGCUACCCCUAAGACUACCAGCCCACCCACCUCACCGCCUCCAACAGCUGUCUCACCAGAGUUUGCCUAUGUCCCAGCUGACCCAGCUCAGUUUGCUGCUCAGAUGUUAGGUAAAGUUUCAUCUAUUCAUUCUGAUCAAUCUGAUGUUUUAAUGGUGGAUGUGGCAACCAGUAUGCCUGUUGUUAUCAAGGAGGUGCCGAGCUCAGAGGCUGCUGAAGAUGUCAUGGUGGCUGCUCCUCUUGUGUAUUCUGGAAAGGUACUAGAAGUGCAGGUUGUGAGCCAAACAUCUGUCCAUGUAGAUUUGGGUUCUCAACCUAAAGAAAAUGAGGCUGAACUAUCAACGGCUUCCUCAGUCCCCUUGCAGGAUGAACAAGAACCUCCUGCUUAUGAUCAAGCUCCUGAGGUCCCUUUGCAGGCUGAUAUUGAGGUUAUGUCAACUGUUCAUAUAUCAUCUAUCUAUAAUGAUGUGCCUGUGACUGAAGGAGUUGUUUAUGUUGAGCAACUGCCAGAACAAAUAGUUAUCCCUUUCACUGAUCAAGUUGCUUGUCUUAAAGAAAAUGAGCAGUCACCACCAGUUAGUCCCAAACCUGUAGUAGAAAAGACAACCUCUGGCAUGUCUAAAAAAUCUGUAGAAUCUGUAAAACUUGCACAGUUGGAGGAGAAUGAAAAAUAUCCCUCAGUAUAUAUGGAGGCAGAAGCAACAGCUCUGCUCUCAGACACAUCUUUGAAAGGUCAGCCUGAGGUACCUGCAGAACCCCUGGAAGCAGAGGGCACUAUCAAAAUAGGCUCUGAAAAAUCUCUGCACUUUGAAGUGGCGAUCACUUCAAUAGUCUCUGACAAUACUGGGCAGGAGGAGUCCGGGGAAAACUCUGCACCCCAGGAGAUGGAAGGCAAACCUGUGCUCUCUGGGGAAGCUGCAGAAGCAGUGCACUCAGGUACAUCUGUAAAAUCAUCUAGUGGCCCCUUCCCUUCUGCUCCAGAAGGUCUUACUGCACCAGAAAUCGAACCAGAAGGGGAACCAACAGCUGAAUAAGGUUUGAUGAAGCCAGGUAAGAAAAUCAGAUAUUUACAUUACAAAUUGCAUUUCAGGUAGCCAUCUAUGUAGGCUCCCUGCAGAUUGGUCAGUCUUUAUUUUCGGAUUUUUUUUUUAAAUGUCAAAGCUAUGUAAAGGCUUUGUUGUAUCUGAAAUUCUAGUACUAUGAGACGAGUGAUUUUAAAGUGAUGUUCCCAAAGCCUGGCCUCAAAGUUUGGUCAUCUAGCACUUUUAUGUUAUUCUUUUGGGUAUAUUAUGUUGUCAACAUCAUAACCUCUUGUCAGGUACAAAAUAUAUUCAUGUGAUCUAAAUAUGCUGAUUGCAAAAAAACUGUAAUUAGGGGGUGCUGGUUUGAAAUUUUCCUCUUGUGAAUGUAAAGCUAUAGCAGUGCAUUUACAUAGGCUGUGGCAUUUUAAAAAGUGAAAAAAUGGCGGCGUGUUUGCUUUCACACUGAAUCAGGAGACCUCUGUAACCAGGUUUGGGGUGCUGGACCAUGGGUUUGUUUUCUGCCUGGGGGCUUCCUGCAGCUGAGAGAGCAGCUUCAUAGCUAGAUGGAGAGGGGAAAGGUCAGGGGAGCAGGGAGGUAUUAGAAGCACAAAGGAUACCCCGGCACUUGAACAGCAAUAGAUGCAUUUUACUUAAUUGGCUUCCUUUGAUCAGUUCCCUCUCCCUGGCAAGUGCCAAAAAUCAAGCUGUUUUCUUGGCCACUGAACUAUCACCGUGUUUUCCAGUGAUAUAGACAUGAUGUGACCUUCAUCUCUAAUUAUGGCAUUUGGUCUGCUCACCCUCCUGCCUUAUGGAUAAUUGCAGGGGCCCUUCUCUUUUUAGGGAUAGAGGGACAUGCAUGAGCCAAUGUUUUCUUUUUGCAAAAACUCUUAACCAAGCCAGAAGGAUUCAAAAAGUGUUGGCAAAGCAGGUGUUUAGAAAAGAUCACAUUUUGUCUGGCAGUGUGACAGGGAUUCUGCACAGCUGAAAAGGCAGAGGACAGUGCUGGGAGUGGAGUGUGUGGAACUGGUGCUAUAUUUGUGGCUUAAGCAGUACUUCCAGACCAAGUCACUGUUUUCAAAUGCUUAACUGUUUCUAAAG